AUGGCCUCGACCGACUCGUUCGCGUCGUGGCACCCGGCUUUCCGGCCAAACACCCUGCCUCCAGAUGUUCCCUCGACAAGCGAACCCUCCGCGAUAGAAUCGGAUCAUACGCUGGUCGAUACUCUCCCGUCCGAAACAUCCUUUGAAGCCCUCACCAAGGAAGACGUGACGUCGCAACACGUCGACGCGUGGUUCUCCGACGACGUAGAUACUCAGAAUGAAGACUGGCUUGCCGGCUCAGAAGAGGUCCCAGUCGAAGAGUCGCCCGAAUCGCGGCCCUGGGAGGUGGCCCAAUCCGAUGCCCUCGAGGCCUCGGAACCCCAACCAGUCGAACCCCAACUAGAUUCCGAUGCACCCGAGUUUCAUACCCAAGAGCCAGCCCCUGAAGGGGUUGUGACGGAAGAGUUCAACCUGGAUGCCACUUCUGAUGGCUCAGCGGCGGGAGUCGAGACGGUAACCGAGGCCACGCAUCAAGAUGAGAUACCUGUGCUGCCGUCUCAAGGCUUGCAUACUGAAGAGCCCAUCUCAGACGACCCUCCCAUGGGCGUGAAUGCCGAGAUAACCACGGGAGUAACCGCAUCUGAAUCAUCUAUCUCGCAAGAACCUGAGCCUCAGGGAUCCGCAAGCCAAGACCUCGCCAACAACAACUCUGCCGAAGAUGUCCUCCCAGAGGAGCCUGAGCGAUCUAUCGCUCCUGUUAUCGAACAGCCAGUUUCUGAAGAAUCGACCCUACAGGUGGCGCCUGAUGCUGGGGGUGAACACUUUGACACACCCGUGCCCGAAGCCGAACCAGAGCGCGAGUCUUCGAAACAACUCAGCUGGGAGGAUGGUGAUGCUGGCGCCGAUGAAGGGGCGGAGUGGUUCCUUGAUCGCUCAGACUCUAACGACCCAUCAAAAUUCCUGCCACCCGCUGAGCGCUCUAAUUCCUUCCCUGUCGUGCCACCUCUUGACUCACCGGCAUCUCCUUCCAAGUCAUAUUUGCCCCGUACUCAAGCGGAGAAUCUUUUGCAGGAGGAAGAUGUUGAAGGCGAGGCCUUCUUCGCCAAUGCUGGUUCGACAAAUGAGGAUGCGGCUACCACCAGGUACGAGGAAGGCAUACCGCUAAUCAGCCAGGCUUCGACCCAGGCGAGCCCGUCUAAUGGGGAAGCGUCUGCUUCCGGUGCUGAUGAUGCUUUUGCUGAUGAAGAUGACGAUUUCUUCAGCAACGUCGUCCAGGGCGGUGGUGACGAGGGCCUGAAAGUUGCCUCGGAACCUUGGCCUCUGGAUAGGAAGUCAACCUUCCAGGCAAUGGGUCCCCGGAGCACAGUUUCUGCGGAGACCUUGUCAGUAGACGCCAUCGGAUCGCACAAUCCCCCAGAGCCGGUUGAGCACCCUGCCAACCACGAUGAAGCAAAUUCAGGCGAGACUCCGGGUGAGGGUAGUCCUAGUGGGCAUGCGACGGAAAACAGCUGGAGCAACGAGGCUGCACCGGUCCCAGAGGAGGAUGCCUUGGCAGCAAAGUGGAGCGAGGCUUUCGGCGACGAUGAGCUCCUCGAUGAUGACUUCCUUGGAGAUGAUGCCGCUGGCUCGAAAGAAAUGGAUCCUGCGGCAUUUUUCGGUAGUGACGACGAGGGCUUCCUCGAUGAUGUGGAGGAAGUGAACAACCUGCUCCGGCACCGGUUGCGCAGCCCGCCGCUGUACCAUCCCCGACCACGCAAUCCAAAUGCGAUUGCCAACCCUUACGCACCAGCCGUCCCCGCCGUCCCCGCCAACCCGUACCUCGCCGCCGCCCCCUUGGUUCAGCCCCCGGCUGGGUACUCGGCCACAGCCCCGCCCCAGACGACACCUUACGGUGUAGCUCCUCCCCCAGCGCCGCCAAGUCUAAACAAAGCCCAAAGCUUUGCCGACAAGGCCAAAGGAGGGUACACGUCUCCAUAUGAUCUUCCUAUGAAUGUCGUUGAUGUGAAGCCGAGGAAACGGCCGAGCAUGCAACAACUCCCCUCUAGCACAAGUAUCCCCCUGUUGGUCCUCCGCGAAGCUCGAGCAUCCCACUUUGAGAAAACCGCCAGCCGUACCAGCGUGAACGGUGAGGCUACCCACGGAGACCGCCGCACUAGUUUACCACAUGAGGCGAGGCUUCACAGGCUUGCUUCCCUUACUCCCACACGCGAGGUCGAAGAAGAGCAAGAGCAGAGCCCACCCAAGCCCCCUCAGACCGCGAGCGCCGCUGCCGCUUCCAUUGCAGAAUCUAGGUACAGCCCCGUAUCGCAGUACGCUCCUCUUACGGCCCAAUCUCCUCGGGCAAAGGAACACGACGUCAUCCCUCCGCCCCGGUCAUUCUCUCAGUCGCCAAAUUCCCAGAAACUUGGCUUGAACGGUCCUGCUCCAUACGAGUCCCCUCAGCGAUCCGUAUCCGCGCAGGCUCCCGUGUCCCCCAAGUCUUCGCAGCCGGUCGCUCCCGCAUAUCGUUGGAAGGGUGCUCCCCUAUUCGUGUGGGGAGUCGGCGGAACCGUCGUAUCCAUGUUCCCCAAGAGCGUACCACGCUACGGUAUCAGUCAGACAGCACCCAUGAUUUACCGCACACCUGGCGAGGUCAAGAUUCAACAUGUGAAGGACGUCAUUCCCCUGGAAGAGAGGCUUGCCAAAUUCCCCGGACCCCUCAAGGGUAAGUCUAAGAAGAAGGAGACGCUCGCUUGGCUUUCCGCGGGCAUCGACUCUCUCUUGACGACGACGCCCGACUUGGCGUUCAAUCAAACCCCUUCACACGAAGAGAAGCGCUCUGUCGAACGGUUGCUUUUGUGGAAGACCCUACGUGUCUUGGUCGAGAACGAUGGCGUCCUCGAAGGAAAUCCUGCCGUUCAAAAGGCCGUCCGGGAUAUCCUGAUGCCAAAUUUGGAUGAGGAAAUAUCGCCAGCUGGCACUUCGUUGGAUGGAGUUGCGGACCUCGGCGCCUUGCAUCAACCCGGAAUGGGCUCCGUGCAGCCAGACGCUUUGGAUGCCGCAGGUAUAGAGCUUCUGCGAAGACACCUCUUAGUUGGCGACCGAGAAAAGGCUGCCUGGGCUGCCGUGGACAAGAGGCUAUGGGGCCAUGCGAUGCUGAUCGCCAACACCGUCUCUCCCGAACUCUAUAAGCAGGUGACCCAGGAGUUUGUUCGCAAGGAAGUCAACUACGCGGGCCACAACAACGAGUCAAUCGCGGCGUUGUACAAAGUUCUCUCAGGCAACCACGAUGAUUGUGUAGAUGAGCUGGUGCCUGUGCACGCCCGGGCUGGGCUCCAGCUGAUGGCCGCCACCACCGCCGCUACCUCAAUGACGGGUUCUCUAGGCGGCCUUGAUAAGUGGCGCGAAUCGCUGUGCCUAAUCCUUAGCAACCGGAGCACCGACGAUUCCAAGGCACUCAUUGCCUUGGGCGGCCUCCUUUCCAACUACGGGCGGGCGGAAGCGGCUCACAUCUGCUUCAUUUUUGCUAGGCAAGCGUCCGUCUUUGGCGGUGCUGACGACCCGCGCUCAAACUUCGUUCUCGUCGGUUCCGACCAUCGCGGGCAGGCCGAUCGUUUCGCCAAGGACAUUGAGGCUAUCUUGCUUAGUGAGGUCUACGAAUACGGACUUUCGCUUGCGGGCGGCGCCGCGCCGCUUGCCCCUCACUUGACUGGUUACAAGCUCCAACUCGCCGUGACCCUCGCGGAAUACGGACAGCGAGAUAAAGCUCUCCAAUACUGUGAGGGUGCCUUGAACACCAUUGGCUCUCAGACGAAGAGAUCCCCGUACCACCACUCUGCCCUCGAACAGGCCAUGGAGGAUUUCGUGAAGCGACUGAAGCAAACGCCGAGGGAGGAGUCCAAUUCUUGGAUCCCUAAGCCGAGCAUGAACAAGGUUUCGGACACCAUGUGGAGCACCUUCAACAAGUUUGUCUCGGGCGAGGACAACGACAGCCCUCGAAACGGCGUCAACGGUGAUGAGGGUGUGGAAUCCGGGCCGUUCGCCAAGAUUGCAGGCGGCACUCCCACCAUCAGCCGAUCCCCGUCUGCGUCCAACUUUGAGCCCUACGGAACGAACAAUGCCGGGUAUCCUGAGCGCUUCCCGCUAUGCGCCUUUCCCCCGCAAGGCAGUGCUCCUCCGGCCAUUACCAACCCGUACGAGCCGGCGGUCGCCUAUACUCCUCGUUCGUCAAGCGAGGGCACGCGCCAUGUCAAUCCCUAUGAGCCGAGCCGUAGCCGUCCUUCAACAGGUUACCAACCGCAACCCCAGCAGCAGUAUAAUCCGGCCCCGGCCGCGCAGCAAGGCUACCAACCUUCUGCUGCGGUACCUCAGGAGUCAUCUUAUCCCGUGCCGGCCCAGUCGGAGCCGUCGGCAUACCCAGCCCAAGCCCCACCGGCUCUCUCAUCUGGUUAUAGCCCUCUCGGUCUACAAGAGUCAUCGUAUAACCCCUCGCCCGCGCAGGAAACCGCCGAGGAGAAGGUUUCGAGUGAGGACCAGGCCCAACAAGGCUACCAGCCUCCUUCUUACGGCUAUGAACCCCUAGCUUCACGCCAAUGGCCUCGGAUGUCACAAAUGGGGCCACCGAAGCCGAGAAAACUGCCUCCGUCUUUUGGCGCCGAGCCUGAAGCCGGCGACGACGAACCAACCAUGCCUAAGAAGAAGGGCCCCAUGUACGAUGAUGACGAUGAUGGCAUUUCCGGCCCUACUCCUCAAGAGAAGAGCAAGGCGGAGAAAGACAGGGAGAAUGAAGAAAUGGUUCGUAGGGUAGCCGAAGAAGAGGAAAAACGCGCUGCGGAAAAGGCAGCAGCCAAGAAGGGCUGGGGCUUUGGCGGCUGGUUCGGAGCAGCAAAGAAGGAGCCAUCGCCGGCAGAGCACCCUAAUAAGCCCGGUCCCCCGUUCCGCCAAUUCCACCCCACCCCUCGCACGGAUGCCGGCACACCACCCCCGCUUAGUGGCCUGGGCCGAGCGUCGGCGCCGCCCGGCGGUCCUCCGCGACCUGGCACCGCGACCGGUGUUGGCGAGUCUACCCUGUCCAGCCACGAAGGCCUAGGCAUUCCCACGCCAAUGGCGAGGUCUGUUUCGAACCAGAGCGCGGGUGGCCCUCCCAGUGGGCCGCCCAGCAGGCCGACGACGAGCAUGAGCAACGCAAGCAGCAUCGACGACCUCAUUGGCGCCGCUGCGCCUAGGAAACAUGGACAGAAGAAGGCCCGGAAGAGCGGGCGUUAUGUCGACGUGAUGGCGCAAUAA